CUCCAACAGGCUCCAGUGCAGCGUGGCGACUGACUGAGUGGACUAGAUUGCAGUUUAUUCACCGGGGGAACUCCCUGUUGUUUACCAAGGCUCAAAGAACGAAACAGCACGAUGACACUGCACAGGUCUCACCCACGCUGAGCCUCUUCUAUAGGAGAAGCAUCGUGUGAUCUCUGUUUUUUUUUUUCUCUAAGAAGUUCUGAAAUGACCUUGUACAAUGGUGCAACAAAUUCCUCUGAUUAUCCAGGCCAGCAGUUGUAAUUGGACUCACAGUGUCUCCUGUUAUCUGAUCAUGCCACUGAACAACAUUUCUGAACAACAUACGCAGACAGAGGUCGGUGUAUAAAAGGCAACUGGUCACUGAGCACAAUGGAUAAUCACCUAAAGAGGAAUCUAACUUUUCUUACCAUUGGACUGAUAUUUAUGCUGAGCGGCAUUGAGUAUGCCGUCAUUCUGCCUACGAUAUGGAGGUAUCUCCAGAUUUUGGAGGCCCCUCCUUACUUCCUGGGUCUGGGUCUGUCUGCCUUCAGUCUGACCGGGCUGCUCACAGGCCCGCUUUUUGGGUUCUGGUCAGACCGGAGCAAAAGUACAAAGUCCAUCAUCCUGUUCUCCAAUCUUUUUGAGAUUGCCGGGAACUUCAUGUAUUUUAUUGGAUAUUCAAAGUGGCUGUUGUUAUGCAGUCGGCUUGUAGCAGGUGUCGGUGCAGGAGCAGGCUCCUCCAUCUUUGGUUUCCUGACUCGGAGCACCCGGCCAGAAGAGCGCGCUGGUAUCUUUGCAGCCAUCAUGGCCUGCCGACAAGCUGGCCUCCUUGUCGGGCCGGCGUUCAACUUGUUCCUGCGGCUGUGUGAUUUCAAACUGGGGCCCUUUGUUGUGAACAAAUAUACAUCUCCUGGGAUCUUCAUGUGCCUGCUGUGGGUGCUGCUCCAGUUUGUCGUCCUGGCCAUGUACUGGGAUGUACCACCCAUCAGCUCAGAGGGGGGAGCUGUGAUGGUGGAGAUGAAACAAGAGGAGAAUGAGGAGGAGGUGCCGCUGAUGGGGUCCGACGAGGAGCCUGUGCACACCUACAGAGCUGUCAACUCUGACCAGUUGGAGACCUCCACAUCAUCUGAGAUGCAGGCCGUCCACGGUGCCUCAGCGGUCUCGAACCCCUUCAAGAACUUCAGCGCUAGCAGAGAGUUCCUGAGAGAGGAGGUGGUUGUUCUCCUCACGGCUCAGUUCAUCACUCUCUUCAAUCAGACAGCGCUGGAGACCAUGGUGACACCUCUGACGCAGCGCUACUUUAGCUUUGGUGAGCUGGCCAACAGCCUGAUGUACAGUCUGUGCGGGGUGGAGGUCAUCCUGGGCUUCUUCUUUGUACGCUGGCUGAGCAGGAAGGUGGAGGACCGCGUAGUGCUGGCCGUGGGCCUGGUCAUCUGCUGCGCCGCCUGUAUCUGGUGCCUGAUCUUCCUCUGCAACCCCCGAGGUGGUUAUGGAUGGGAGCUGUCGGCCUUCAUCAUCGGAGUGUUUCUGCAGCUGCUGGGGCUUCCCUUCGUGGCUGUGUCUCAGGUGUCUCUCUUCUCCAAAGUCACUGCAGAGAAAACACAAGGGUUCAGCCAAGGUGUCAGGCGCUCAGUUGGGGGCCUGGCCACCAUCUUGGGUCCCUUGUGGGCAGGAGGAUUGACCAAUAAUCUGUACAUAAUGCUGGGCAUGAUGCUAGCUCUCCUUAUAAUGAUUACAGUUAUGACGGUGCUGUCAUACAACCGCCUGACUGAGCCCACGCCAGUGCAGUGUGCCCAGAGCUCUGACAGCGGAGGGUAGAGCUGCAGUCGGUCUGAAGAGCAGGCUAAAGACGGACAGAGGGAGUGCCCUGCACUUCUGAGAGAAUCAAUACAAGUUUACUGCAGAGGAAACUGUAUGAGUGUGGAAUAAAAAUGUUCAAAACGCACACUGUAACUCAGAACCUGCUAUGGAGGUGAUAACAGGUAAAACAAAUCCUGUAUGUCUUUAAGCUUUGCACGCACUCUCUCUCAUCAGAUUCUAUUAGAGUCUACCUUACCUGCAUGUCAAAAUCUGACUAUUAAUUAUAUUUUACACAAGGGGGCACCAUUGCUCUCAUAUUGAAUAUUCAGAGGCGUAAUUGAAGAUGAAAGCCAUUAUUUUUAAACUGAACUAUUUAUAUUCCCAGGUGUUGAUGAAAAGAUAAGAGAGCAGGUUUUUCCAUGUGACCCAUGUACCAAAUUUUAUUUCCUGAGUCUUUCUUCCUCUGAAAAAAAAAAAAAAAAAAACCUUUCUGAAAAUGAAACAGUUGACACAAUGGGUGCAGAAGUAGAGUUGUCAACAUCUUACCAGCAUGUCAGUGUAGCUGAUAGAAGAAAAGGGUCAAAGAGAGGGAAGCUUUACAGAUUUCUUGAUAUUUAUUUGUAGUGCUGGAAUAAAGCUGUGUUUUUAGUGUUAAAAUUAAAUACAAAGCCUUGGUGUGACUGAACCAGAUAGAUGUUGUCUGAAACUAUUCCUCUUUUUCUUGCGUGCAAAUGAGAAGCUCCUGAAUUAAAAUCAAUUUUUAAAAAUG